CGGACCACGGUCGCGUCGCGAUCACGUAUCACCAGCGAGUAAAUUGCCACGAAACGGGCUGCCUAGCUCGGCGCUCGUAAAAUCUCUCGCAGUUAUCGGCACUAAUGCGGUACCUUAUCACGCCAUAAUGGAUCGAAUCGGUUAUAGUACUAUUAUUUGCAUUCUGGCGAGCGCGCGCGUCUCCUUCGUCUUCGUAGCUCCACCGCGCUCUUUCCCUCCGCCUAUAAAAGCGCGCCGCACCACAAGCAUUCCAAGCCGGCCUCAACCCCAGAACCCACACGUACGUGCGCGCUAGCAAAAGAAGAAUAGACAUGGCGACCCCUGAGGACUGUGGCAGCUGGUUGCUGUACCUGUCGCUGGCCGCCAAAUGCGGCGGCGACGGCGACCACCCGCGCCGCCUGGCCGGGCUCCUUGCCGUCUGCGCCGCCGCUUUCCUCGUCACCUGCCUCCUGCACUGGUGCUUCCCCGGCGGGCCGGCGUGGGGCCGCUGGUGGUGGACGCGGCGGGGCCUGGGCCGCGGGCCCGUCGUCCCUGGGCCGAGGGGCCUGCCGGUGAUCGGCAGCAUGUGGCUCAUGACUGGCCUCGCCCACCGCAAGCUCGCCGCGGAGGCUGCCCGCCUGCGAGGCGGCGGGCGCCGGCUGAUGGCCUUCUCCCUCGGCGAGACGCGCGUGGUCGUGGCGGGCCAUCCCGACGUGGCCCGGGAGAUCCUGACCAGCCCGGCCUUCGCCGACCGGCCCGUCAAGGAGUCCGCCUACGGGCUCAUGUUCCACCGCGCCAUCGGCUUCGCGCGCCACGGCGCCUACUGGCGCGCGCUCCGCCGCGUUGCUUCCACGCACCUCUUCUCGCCCUGGCAGGUCGCCGCGUCCGGCGCCCAGCGCGCGGUGAUCGCGCGCCAGAUGGUGGCCGCCCUCGCCGGGGGCGCCGAGGUCCGGCGCGUCCUGCGUCGCGCGUCGCUGCACAACGUGAUGUGGUCGGUGUUCGGCCGCCGCUACGACCUGGAGCUGGACCCUGGCAAGGAGGUCCGCGAGCUGGGCCAGCUCGUGGACGAAGGCUACGACCUGCUGGGCCAGCUCAACUGGUCCGACCACCUCCCCUGGCUCGCCCGCUUCGACCUGCAGGGCACCCGGGCCCGGUGCGCCAGCCUAGUGCCCCGCGUGAACCGCUUCGUCGGCGGCAUCAUCGAUGACCACCGGGUCAAAGCUCCGUCCGCCGUCAAGGACUUCACGGACGUCCUGCUGGGCCUGCAAGGCGGCGACAGGCUCGCCGACUCCGACAUGGUCGCGGUGCUCUGGGAGAUGGUGUUCCGUGGCACGGACACGGUGGCCGUGCUGAUGGAGUGGGUGCUGGCCCGGCUCGUGCUGCACCAGGACGUGCAGGCCCGGGUGCACGAGGAGCUGGACCGCGUCGUCGGGCGCGACCGGGCCGUGGCCGAGUCCGACGCGGCCUCGCUCGCCUACCUCCACGCCGUGGUCAAGGAGGUCCUGCGCCUCCACCCGCCAGGCCCGCUGCUGUCCUGGGCCCGCCUGGCCACGUCGGACGUGCACGUGGACGGGUUCCUCAUCCCCGCUGGCACCACCGCCAUGGUGAACAUGUGGGCCAUCACCCACGACGGCGACGUCUGGGCCGAGCCCAUGGAGUUCCGGCCCGAGCGGUUCGUCGGGCCGGGGGCUGAGGAGUUCUCCGUCAUGGGCUCUGAUCUCCGGCUGGCGCCGUUUGGGGCCGGCCGGAGGAGCUGCCCCGGGAAGAGCCUGGCCAUGGCGACCGUGGCGUUCUGGCUCGCCACGCUGCUCCACGAGUUCGACCUGCUUCCUUCCUCCGACCCGGCACGUGGCGUGCAACUGUCGGAGACCCUGAGGCUGUCGUGCGAGAUGGCCACCCCGCUGGCCCUGACGCCGAGGGCUCGUCGACGCCCGGCGGUUUGAAUUUGAAUUGAUGACGUAUCAUGCCUACGCCACCACUGGCUAGCUAGCUAGAACCCUAGUAUUGUUGCUGCUUUGUUUUUGAGACGUUGUCGCCUACCGGUCGGCCGCCGGCUCGCUACCACGCACGCACGUACGGGCAUAACGCUGGCUUAUCUCGUCCAGAGCUAGCAAAUGAAUCGUUUGGACUUUUAUAUAUCGAGACGUGCCAGCUGAUGACAGCGAUGUUUUUUGCCUUCUUGUUCCCCCGGUCAUUUUGCGACCAUAUUUUUUUUUCCUUUGGCAAUUGCUCUGUAAACCCAGCUAGCUGAUGUACAUACACUACUACUAUGGUAAGAAUCAAUGUCGCCGUCAUCUUCUUAUUUUGCAAUC